GUUACUUUAUGGAUUUGCUGCUGUUUAUCGAUAUCUCCACCUCCUAAUCUUUCAAAUCCCAGAAACCAAAGAGACCCGCCUUUCCCUUCACUGGGUCUCGUUGAACGGGACCUCCCACACUUUGUAGCUGACUCCCAGCCCAUAUCCCCGAAUCAGUACGAUCUUCUGGAGAAGUCUGACCAUCAGCCUCCCGGCGGCGGACCUCCGUUAUCGUGGGCGGUCAGUAGGACUCGCCAUCUCUUAAAAUCCCAUGUCCUCGUCUGAAUCUCCAGGAUACCCCGCCCCAGCCCAGGGCCUAACCGCAGUCCUUCCCCUAGAGAAGGUGUUUCCAAUUCAAAUUGGGUCUGAACUGUUCAGGCUAUCUGGUGCAUCUAUCUCCUCGGAUGCACCCUCAUACUUCUCCCAGUUUUUUGAGGAGCAGCUUCGACAGAAUGGAGACAGUUCCGCCGUGAGAACGCUUUACAUAGACCGGGAUCCAGAUACGUUUCGUGACAUCUUAAAGCACCUUCAAGGGUAUUACAUACGGCCGCGGGAUAAUUCGCAUUUCGUUAAACUGUUUGCGGAUGCCCAAUUUUAUAGCUUACCGCGGUUGAUAUCCCAGCUGUUUGAAUGCGAGAUCUUCAUCCAGAUCGGGGACCGCCACUUUGAAAUUCCACGCGAUAUAUUCUCGAGUCCCGGCGACUCCCCUAAUUUCUUCUCUCUGGGCUUUGCGGUUUUCUUUGCAACACCGGGAGAGGUGUUUCCCGGCCUGGAACGCCGAGGACUGCUUCGACCCCCCGCGAUAACGCCUCCAAUUGUGAGCAGUCGUUCUGGUGAAGUGUUCGCAGAACUAUUGCAUAUGCUGCGAGGAUAUCCUAUCCACAUUCGAAGUGAGGAGCAUCGAGCAGAGCUUUUGCGUGACUGUCGAUAUUUUCAUCUGCGGGGGCUGGAGCAAAAGCUCAUCCCUCACCACAUCAGCUACAAUAUUGAGCGCCAGCGGUCAGAAAUUGUGAUCCGCCUUGAGGAUAUCCGUCCGUCUGGGGUGCAGGUUACUCCUGAUCAUCAUGAUCAUCACUCUCCACAGAACCCACAUGCAAUGUUUGGUGGAUGGGUGCAGUAUGCUCGUCCAUUUGUCGACGAUAAGCAUUAUGAGCUGAUUAUUGAGAUUGGCGGAGAGGACACACGGGUCGACUUGGCGACACAACGUGUUGAAUUCUACGGCUCCACCGAAGCGAGGAUGUCGAGUCUUUUACAGGUCAUCGCGAACAAAACGAAUCUCCAAGGCACGCUGAAAAAGGGAGCGGAAAGCAGGAGCAGGUCUAGCACACCCGGAAGCAGUUUACCCAGUCCGUGCGUCUUCAUAAUGCAACUAGACUCGGAAACAGAUAUUGUCCUAGACGGUGAACGCUAUGAGCCACCGUGCAGCGGUGCAGCUUGGAAUUAUUCCCACGAAGAACCUGCAUAUACAUCAAAUUCUACUAGAGAUGGCAGUGAGGGCCUUCGAAACCUGGGUGUCAUCCAGACGGGACUCGUGGAUAUCAAACCGCCCAAUCUCCAGCAGAGCGAUGGGGGCGAGAGUCGCCAGUUAGGAAGCAGGGAAACGCGGUUUCACGCAGCGCUGGAGGCGACCAUGCCCGAUAUGUAUGCCCCUCCCGGCACGCAGAUUCUGGCUGGAGAGCCUCCGCUUAAGCGGAAGCGAGGUGAUAGUGAAUACAGCGGCGGCGAGUGGACGGUUCACAAGGCGCAUUGGAGAUUGAGAGUACAGGCACGUAACGAUGCGGGAGGUGUGGAGCUGAUUCUCAUUGCUCUCAAGUUGGAUGGGUCUACACGGCAGCGGUCAAGGAACGUGCGCAGGCGAUUUCUGGGCUCCGAUUAG